AUGCUUUUGCGUUGCAAAAGGAUUCUCUAUCAGAGAUCUCAUUUUGAUAAAUUCCUGGGAAAAGCUGGAAACCCGUCAAUACCUGUGGCGUUGACUGCUGAGAUAGGCGAUCAUGGAGACAUUCCGUUCCCGCCCGCCCCUUGUGGCAAUAUUAUGCGGAAAUACAACAAGUUAAAAAAACAACGAGGAGAAGAGUACAAUAUUGACCAAGAGAACGAGCACGCUGAUCUAACAGCUAGUCAAGAAUACAGGGAUAUCCUGAAGAAUGACUGGAAUGAAAUUGUCGAGGCGGCACGGGAAGUCGAUUGUCCUUUUUGUUGUUCAACUCUACCCGCUCGGGAUGCCGUUGAUGACAAUAAGUGGAAAUUACAUGUUCAGAAUGAUAUCGAUCCAUAUGUCUGCCUAUUUGAGGGCUGCGAAUCGCCCGAAGAAUUGUACAAUCAUAGCACAUGGCUUAAACAUAUGUCUUCGCAUUAUAUGCAAUGGCGUUGUAUAUCCAAAGCUCACAUAGAAUUCCGAAGCGCCACGAAGAGCGAAUACAUUAACCACAUGAAAGACGUUCAUCCAGACAAAUUCACGAAUGCGCAGCUAAAUAUCAUUGCCAACAGAAAUGCGCGACCGAUCAGUUCAAUGUUCAAACCUUGUCCAUUAUGUGGCAUUGAAGUAGUUGAUGGCAAUAAGUCAGACCAUGUUGCAAGGCACUUGCUUCAUCUUGCCCUGAAGUCUCUACCGAGCUAUGAAGAGAAUAUAGAGAAGCAUGAAAACUUGGAAUACCAGAAGAACGAUAUCUCCAUAUCGAGUGCACGCAGGGAGAAUGCGAUCAGACUUGAUGAGCAAAUACAUGUUUAUCACGAUACAGGUGCCUAUGCUACGGCAUCUGUUCGCGAGCAAAUGCCCAAAGACUACAAUUAUAGUAUGAAGCGCUUCCUUGGCCACUCGGAAAUACCUGAAGGACGCUCGCUGCUUUGCUUCGGGGAAGCCGAGAGUGUAGAGAAAGCGAAAGAUCGUGCGCGGAUUCGGCUGAAUGAUUUCAAUGCGCAAUUUGGCUCGAGUAUCAAUCCUCCUAGCGAAACGGAGGCGUAUAUAUCCCUUGUUCUCGAUGGAUCACUAGAGGACGACGUUGGCAUGCUUUCUCAGCAACAACCUAAAAGUUAUUUGUAA